AGAUGCAGAUGGAUGCAAAUGUAGCUCCUGGAAGCCUUGUGCUGCUGACCACCAAGGACAAGCUAACUCCGAUUGGAGAAGAUGAGGCAUUUGAUUUCAAUGGAGCCCAGGCACAGUUAGUCGAGAACGGUGGUGACCUGGGACUACUGGUCUUGAGCUUCAGUGGCUACUUUUUACAAGUCCCAGCGACAGCUUGCAGGCUUCUAAGUGCGGAGGAAUUACACGGCUAUGACCUAGUCCUGGGACCCAAAUCUUCUGCGGAGGGCUUGGCACAACAAAUGCCGGACUUACUUCUGGAAAAGGGCUACGUCACAACGCAUGUCAUGUUGCCUGCGCGGACUCGUGCUGGGAUUCUGGCCACUGUGAAGCAGCUGGAUGAAUACUUUGGGCGCUUGCCCUUUGAGUUCGAACUUGGCUACUUGGGCCGUGGUGACUCUCGUUCGGAUAGGGUGGCGAUGCUAGAGUCGCUAGAGUCAGCGGCAGCUUCUGGAUUGCUGGCACAGGAGCAGAGUGUGGCAGAGCACUUGAGGCUGAUGAAACCUGGGCUCCUGCAGACCUUUGGCUUUCGUCUCUCAAGUCGUACCACUUUGCUGUUGCGUUUAAGUGGGGCAAGUGGGGCAGACUCCGAAGCUGCCGAGCCUCCAAAUGCUGCUCAGGCUGAGGCUUUCCUGGCUCUCAUGGGUCGUAAGCGCCUGUGUGUGCUUCGUUUUCUGGGACCCGCUGGCGGAACCUUGCGCCUCAUUCCCAAAAAGGACGAGGCGGAGGUUACUAUGGACGUUUGUGUCAAUAUGCAAGUGGUUUUCCUUACCCAGCAGUAUGAAUAUCAAUUCGACCCAACUGGCGAAUGUUUGGUGUUGCAAAGCUUCUUCUUGGAGGAGCCUUUACAGCUGGUCUUCCAGAAGGCGCCGGCUGUGGGGAAAUUCUCCACGGGACUCAGUGCGCCGGUGACGAAAACGCCCAAAGGUCAGCAGGUCUUGGUGAAAGGCAUGGCCUCCCGGGAUCCUUGCGAGGCAGAUCUACAUGAGAAGCUGUGGGCAGCUGUGCGGCAUGGCGGCUGCGAUGGUUUUUUAGAGAUUCCCAAGACCAGGUUCGAUGUUGAUCAAUAUGUGGACUACGAGGAUCAGCAGCGGGCAAUGGCGUCUUUCAAGAGCUACUGUCGACAUCAGGGUCAUAUCGAAGGAAUCGAAGUCUUCGAUGCCGGGUUCUUCAACAUCCCGGAGCAGGACGUGAGGGGCAUGGAUCCAGAGCAGAGGAUCUUCAUGGAGACAGGUUGGAUGGCGUUGGCAGAUGCUGGCUACAAGCGAGAACAGGUGAGGAUUGACUCCGCACACCUGGGAGUCUUCGUUGGCAUCAGCGGUUCCGAUUGGCGAGAUGUUUGCCGAACACCUUCUGCCAAUGGUGUCCCGGAGACAUUCAUUGCGAAUCGCUUCAGCUAUGUGGUCAACCUGAAGGGGCCGAGCUUCAUUGUGAACACGGCAUGUUCUGCAUCUUUAGUUGCCUUGCACAGUGCAAAGACACACUUGCUGAUGCAGGAGGAUCCAUUGGAUGGAUGUUUAGUUGCAGGGAUCAGCCUAAAUGUGUCUCCUGGCACCUGGAUAGCCAAUUGUGCAGGCGCCAUGCUGUCCUUCCGUGGGAGAUGUUUCAGCUUCAAUGCCACAGCUGAUGGCUAUGGCCGUGGUGAAGGCUGUGCAGCUGCUGUGCUUGGUCGUGGCAAGUACAACCGAGACGAUGACACCACUUGUGGAUCCCUGGCGGCCAGUCACAGCAAUUCUGAUGGGCGUUCAGCCAGUCUCACCGCCCCCAAUGGUCCAGCACAGCAGCGCCUGCUACGUGCCGCCCUGGGGGAGGCGCGGCUGCAGCCCACGCAGCUUGAUAUCUACGAAGCACACGGUACUGGGACAUCCUUAGGGGAUCCAAUUGAGGUCUCAGCUGUCCGGAAGGUGCUAGCGCAGAGGGAAUACCCGGUGAUGAUCUCGUGUUCCAAACCCAACUUGGGUCACCUCGAGGGAGGUGCUGGGAUGUCAGCAUUUUGCAAGUGCAUACUGGCCUGCAUGCACGCAGAAGCAGCUAGCAACCAGCAUUUGCGAGUUCAGAAUCCCAAUCUCGAUAUUGAAGGUUGGCCAGCAUUCCUUCUUCAAGAAGCCGCUGCGUUGAAAUCUGAUGGUUCCUAUGUGGGUGUGAGUGGCUUUGGCUAUGGUGGCACCAACAGUCACGCCUUGGCCUUUGGCCACAAUGUGGUGACUUCUCGCGGUGACAACAAGAAGCAUUCAGCGCAAGCUAUGCUACGCCAGGUGCGCUCAACGACACCGGAGAUCAAUAUGGUCGGGGACAACUAUGAGGAUUGGCAAACCACUGGCCUGCCACAUCUCUCCAUCAAAUCGGGGCAAGCCUUUGAAGUUGAAGUGAUGCCAGGCAGAACCCAUUGGCACGAGCUGGUUCCCAUGAAACCAAGAGGCAUCAGCUCGAUGUCCAUCGCGGGAUCCUUCAACAACUGGGUGCCAGAGACGAUGAUUGCGAGGGACCGGCCUGGUUUGUUUAGCUACGAGCUGACACUGAGCCAAGAGGAGGAGACCUUCCAGGUCUUUGUAGACGGCUUGCUGUCACAGGUGCUUCAUCCGUUGGAACCAAAGUGCACCUCGCGGUGCAGUCAAGUGGCAGGGCCAAGGGAUGUAGGCCGCGAAUUGGCCUGGCUGGUGAAGGGAAAGCCGAGGACAGUCUUUCAAGUGGAAGUCUUCAUACCUCCCGGUGAGGCCAAAUGCAUGUCCGUCACUUGGUUCAAGGCCGCCGGCGCCCCGCCGGCGCCUGCUGCGCCUGCUGCGCCUGCUGCGCCUGCGCCAGCAUCUCUUCCUCCACCUGAAGAGCUGGGCAUUGAAGAAUGA